AUGGCGGCUUCAGCUGGCGAUCUAGUAAGUCUUGUAAGACAUUCUAGUGUUGUUGGAAACCCUCCAGUUGAUUUGAAGAAUGGGGUAUUUGGUGGCCAAGUUAUUAAUAUUGGAUGUUGUUGCAAGGGAAAGAAAUGGAAGGCAAACAACGGGGUUAAGGUUUGUGCAGCUGUGCAAGUGGGUUUGGAGGGAUCAAAGAGUAAUGCUUUGGAGGGAACUUUUGGAUUGGACGUGGUUUCAGAAAAAGAGUUAAUAGUGAAGGGGUUUGAGGGGUUUAGGAAGACAAAGCUUGUGUGCACAGUUGGUCCUGCAUGCAGUUCAUUGGAGGAUCUAGAGAAGUUGGCACUUGGAGGAAUGAAUGUUGCGAGGCUUAACAUGUGUCAUGGUACUAGGGAGUGGCACUGUGACGUUAUUAGGAAGAUCAAGAAGUUGAAUGAGGAAAAAGGUUUCUCUGUUUCUGUGAUGAUUGACACUGAGGGUAGUCAGAUUCAUGUUGUUGAUCAUGGAGCUCCUUCCUCGGUUAAAGUAGAGGAAGAUUCGAUUUGGCGGUUUACUGCUGAACGUUUUGAGGGUUCUCGUCCAUUCACCGUUCAAGCAAACUAUAGAGGAUUUUCUGAAGGUAUUGAAGUGGGUGAUGAACUUGUUAUUGAUGGUGGAAUGGCAUGCUUUGUGGUCGUUGAAAACACUGGAAAUGAUUUGCACUGUAAGUGCAUAGAUGCUGGUCUUUUCCUACCUGGAGCCAAGUUUAGUUUCUGGAGAGAAGGAAAGCUUGUGAGGAGGAAUUACGAGCUCCCCACGCUAUCGACAAAGGAUUGGGCUGACAUUGACUUUGGUAUAGCUGAGGGAGUUGAUUUUUUUGCCUUAUCCUUUGUCAAUCAUGCCUAUUCUGUCAAGGAUUUAAAGAACUACCUCUCUGCCAAAUCAACCAAAUCAAUAAAAGUAUUGGCAAAGAUAGAAAGCUUAGAAUCUCUUCAUAAACUGGAGGAAAUAGUGCAAGCUUCUGAUGGAAUCAUGGUGGCUCGUGGUGACCUUGGUGUCGAAAUACCACUUGAACAGAUUCCUACAGUCCAAGAGGAUAUAAUUUAUGUUUGCAGACAACUAAACAAGCCAGUGAUUGUAGCAUCUCAGCUUCUUGAGUCAAUGAUUGAGUAUCCAACACCAACACGUGCUGAGGUAGCAGAUGUUUCUGAAGCAGUUCGACAGUAUGCUGAUGCUUUAAUGUUGUCUGGUGAGUCAGCUAUUGGAUCAUAUGGAUCGAAAGCUUUGGCAGUCUUGGAUAUGACUAGUAGUAGAAUGGAAUCGUGGAGCCGGGAUGAAAACAGACAAAGUCUUCUCCAUCAUCAUCAACUUGGAACAUCAUUGCCAGAUUGCAUCACUGAGCAAAUAUGCAAUUGUGCUGUUGAAAUGGCCAAUAACCUUGGCGUGGAUGCCAUCUUUGUGUACACAAAGCAUGGAUACAUGGCAUCACUCAUAUCACGAAACCGCCCAAAUCCUCCCAUCUUUGCUUUCACCAAUGAUGAGAGUACUCGUAUGGCUCUGAAUUUGCAAUGGGGUGUUGUACCCCUUCUGGUUGAUUUGUCAGAUGAUGCUGAAUCUAACAUCUUAGAAUCCGUCCAACUUAUGAAAUCUAAAGGAUUGAUCAGCCAAGGAGAUGUUGUUCUUGUGGUCUCAGAUGUUGCUCCAACACGUGCAACUCCUAUGACUUUCCAGUCAAUUCAGGUGAAGACUAUUAUCUAGAACCCAUAGCUGCAAAAAUAAUGAAGGACACGUGUCUGUAUAUUUUCAUAUAUAAUACGACAAACAUUAUAAAUUAUUCUUGGUUCGAACUGUUAGCAAUUUUUGUCUUAGACUCAGGAACACAUUCCAAAAGUUGCUUAUCAAUUACAUUUCAUGAAAUGCCUAUUUUACGUU